AUAGAAAGCUUUAGGUUCAUAUUGCAUCCAGUUUAUUUUUUAAACCUGAAUUUUCAACCCCAUCAACAGAUCAUCUUCUACGAGGACAGGAACUUCCAGGGGCGCAGCUAUGACUGCAUGAGUGACUGCACUGAUAUCUCCUCUUACUUGAGCCGUGUUGGUUCAGUCAGGGUGGAGAGCGGUUGUUUCAUGGUCUAUGAGCGCAACAGCUACAUGGGGAACCAGUUCUUCAUGAGGAAGGGCGAGUACCAUGACAUGCAGCGCAUGAUGAGCAUGGGCAUGAUGUUCGACACUAUCAGAUCCUGCCGCAUGAUUCCUCCGUACAGGGGUUCGUACAGAAUGAGGAUCUACGAGAGGGACAACUUCGGAGGACAGAUGUACGAGCUGAUGGAUGACUGUGACAGCAUCAUGGACCGUUACCGUAUGUCUGACUGUCAGUCCUGUCAUGUGAUGGAUGGCCACUGGCUCUUCUAUGAGCAGGCCCAUUACAGAGGCAGGAUGGCCUACUUCAGACCCGGAGAGUACAGGAGCUUCAGAGAUAUGGGAUACAGCAACAUGAGAUUCAUGAGCAUGAGGCGUAUCACUGAUAUGUGUUAAACUGCUAGAAUAUAGAAGGAAAUAAAGCAUUAUUUUCAGAACUAGCUGUGGUGACUUUUUAUUGGUUAUAAAUAUUAUAUAUUUUUUUGUUGUUGUUAGAUUAAAUCCAAUUUUUUUUUUUUUUUUUUUUUUUACAUAUAGCCUAAAAAUAAGUCACUUAGAUUUGUUAAACUAAAAACAGUUUUGCAGGAGUGUUUUCUACCCUCUCUCUGAGCAUUAAAAAUUUAACAAUUGAAGCAAAAGUGCCAAGGGUAUACACAGAAAAAAUAUAAAAGAUAUAUACUAUUUUAACAUUAAUAAACUAUACAUGAACUCUGGGCACAUUACACAUUAAGUUUAUAAAAUACUUAAAUUUUCGCAUUUCGUCAGCUGUUUUCAAAGCAAACAUUUUUGGAUUUUUUUCUUCUUCUGUUUUUGGUAUAACUUACAAACAGGAAAUGCUCUCAUUGUGCCAUAGCUACAUUUUAAAAAAAGUGACUUGAUAAUGAUUGGAACUGGGACUGGAAUGCAGCGCACAGGGCCCUAGCUGGGGUUUGCGGGGCAUUGGUACAAGUUGCAACCUUGGCUCUGUUUGAAAUCUUGUAAAUAGCACAAAUAAAUAAAUAGAAUAAAUAUACACAUUAAACAAUGUUUAAGUGUUUUUUUUUUUUUUUUUUUUUUUUUUUAGGCAUUCAGGUACAGAAACCUAAUAAUCAAAUGUAAACUACUAUUGUGUAAUCUUAAAAACAACUCCUGUGAUUAUAAGUACAUACAAGCACAGCAUGUGCGUUCUAGCCAAUCAUGUUUCCAGGAAGGCAGUGCGUGCUCAGCUGCUGUCGAAUCACAACACAGGAACCGCUGGCCCAAUCAGAACUCGUUACGCAUUUCUGAAGGAGGGACUUUAUAGCACAAGGAAGUCAUCAGCCCGUUUUUAUGACAGUGAAAACAGCGGUAUACAGAGAGGUGAAUUGUGUGAAAAAUACUGUGUUUUUUUUUACACGCGAAACAUGAACACGUUAUAUUGUACACUGUAAACACAAUCAAAGCUUUAAAAAAGCGCCAAUAACGGGACCUUUAAGAAACCAUCUCUAAAUACAGCACUUCUUGAAAACUACAGAGCGGUAUCCCUUCUUCCAUUCAUUGCAAAUACACUUGAGCGGGCUGUGUUCAACCAGCUUUCUAUGUUCCUUGUCCAGAACAACCUCCUGGACAGCAACCAAUCUGGCUUCAAAAGUGGCCACUCAACUGAGACUGCUCUGCUCUCCAGAUCACCAGAUUCUCCUGUCCACCCUCAGAAACAUGGGCAUCUCUGGAACCGCACUUCAGUGGGUUAAGUCCUACCUCUCUGAUAGAUCCUUCAGUGUGUCUAGGAGGGGUGAUGUUUCUAAGUCACAACAACUUGCUACUGGGGUUCCUCAAGGCUCAGUACUUGGACCACUUCUCAUCUCCAUCUACAAUACGUCACUAGGAAUCAACUAGAAAUCAGUUAAGUUGUAUUUACAACAGUGUUCCAGAACUGUUCAACCCAAAUAUUCAGAUCUGUGCAGCACAUUUUAUCUCCUAAUCCUGGGAGAGUAGACUACAAUGCCUGCUGUUCUGACUCACAGUCUGUAAGUACAUUCACAUUGCAUAAAAAGACAGCAUAAGUCAUUAUAAUUCGUAAUUAUGUCCCCACUUGAUACAACAAAUUGCUAAUUUGUAAUGAGUUUUAUUGUUAUUCGUCUUGUACCGCCAGUGUUCUGACCAGGACACGCAUCACAGUAUACUAAGGGGCAUAACAUUUCCUCACACUCUUGAGGCAUUCAGCCAAUUACAGCACACUGGACAGCUAGCCAAUCAAAGUACACUUUGCUUUUCAGGCCAAUGAUUGUGUUUUUUUUU